AUGUCCGUCGUCGUCGCGAGCGCGCUUCCGAUCGCGUCGUCGCCGCGAGCGGCGGCCGCGGGUCGACAUCCGCGCGCCGCCCGGCUCCCCGCGCCGCUCGCGGCGAACCUCGCGUCGGCAACACCUAAAUAUCUCCCGCCGAAACGACGGCGCCUCAUGGCUCGGAGGGGCGCGUCCUUCGCGGCGGCGACGCCGCCGACGGCCGCGGAUGAUGGUCGUUCCCCGCGCGUGACGCGUCUAUCUUCGCCAUCGCGCGCCCCGUCGCCCGCUCCGUCGCCGUCGCGCGCCCCGUCGCUCGCGACGCGCGUCGCGGCCGCCGCGAGACGCGCCCUCGCAUCUCUCGCGCUCCUCGUCGGGCUGGCGCUGGGGGCGCUGGUGCCCUCCGCGGCGGCGCGAGACGGCACCCCGACGGCACCCCGACAUCACGCGCAUUACCACUCGGGUUUCCCGACCGCAUCCGCGACCGCCGCGCACAUCAUCGGGCGCGCACCCGCCGUGGAUUACUCCGCCGGUCUGGCCAACAUCCCAAUCGCCACCGGCGACGUGGGCAGCAUGGGAGGUCUGACGCCGGACAACUGGGGACUCCCGUACAAGGGCAAGAACCCAGCGAUGGCGCUGUUCAUGGCGUCCGCGGGGGUGACGCUGCGCAUGGCGGUCAACGUCGCGGUCAUCUACUGCAUCUACACCUACUGGCUCAACGACGGACCCGACUCGUCGUGA